AUGCCGUUCAAGAACUUGUUUAGCUCAUCCUCGUCGCUAGCAGAUGAUCGACAUUCUUCAACGUCACAUCGAUCUUUUUUGAAGAAGAAGGAUUCACCAAGGCUGAUGUCUUCACUGCUGACUACUAGCUCAUUGAAUUCUAAAAGAGCGUUACAAAAUGGACAAGCAGCAGCAAUAGCAGCAUCUCCACAGCAGCAGCAGCCUGUACCGCAGCAACAUGUCAAUAACGGUAUUAGUGCCGCCUCCCCCGCAGUCACAGCCGCUAGUACCGAAAGUAAACCCAAGUCGCCAAUUCCCAAUACGUCGCCAAUUUCUUCCAUCAGUGAUGUGUCAAGUCAAAAAGAGCAUCAUCAUUCCCUAUCACUUACAAGGUUUCUCAAAAAGUUCAAAAAUAGCGGCUCGUCGUCAAAAAAACUCAGGCAAAUAAGUGCUGGUCGGCCAGACCCCAUUAACGCAACUGCCGACUUGUUUAAGAAAUACGGAGAGCCAGGUAAGUUGUUGGGAACAGGUGCAAGCGGCUCGGUCAAUUUACUUUCGUCAAAGAGCGAUCCACUGAAAAUAUAUGCGGUAAAAAAAUUUAGAAGUAGACUACCAUCAGAACAAGAAGCUGAUUAUAAAACUAAAGUUCAAAAUGAAUACAAAGUUGGAGACUAUUUGACACAUGUUAAUAUAAUCCACACUUAUGAGCUCAUAAAGGACUAUUCAAACACAAAUUCCAAGGUUGUAGAUCCUGAUUAUUUCAUUGUUAUGGAGUAUUGUCCAUAUGAUUUUUUCAAUUUAGUAAUGAGUGAAUUGAUGGACCAAAAUGAAGUGUACUGUUAUUUUAAGCAGAUUGUUCAAGGUGUUGCUUUUUUGCACGAGAAUGGGUUAGCUCAUCGUGACUUGAAAUUGGACAAUUGUGUGGUUACUAGUCAUGGGAUAUUGAAGUUGAUUGAUUUUGGCUCUGCAGUACAAUUUAGAAAAGAAGUUCCACUGGGCUAUUUUGUUACUGAAGACGAUAUAAUGUUGAGUCCGAAGCACAAAUUGAUCAAAGCUAGAGGUGUUGUUGGCUCUGAUCCUUAUUUAUCGCCAGAAGUAUUUGAGCCCAUGGGUCUUGGCUACGACCCAAGAGUAGCUGAUGUUUGGUCGAUUGCAAUCAUCUAUUGUUUCUCAGCACCUGCAAAAGCAAAAGCAAAAGCAAAAGCACCAGGACCUGAACCUGAACCUGAACCUGAACCUGAACCUGGACCUGAACUUGAACCUGAACCUGGACCUGAACUUGAACCUGGACCUGAACCAGAACCAGAACCAGCACCAACAUCAGCACCAGCACCAACACCAACACCAACACCAACACCAACACCAGCACCAGCACCAGCACCAGCACCAGCACCAGCACCAGCACCAGCACCAGCACCAAGAUAG